AUGGAUGGUUGCUAUGCUUAUGGUCAGUCAGGUCACAGGGUGAGGGAGUGCCCAAUGAGGGUUGGUACAGGUAUGGUUCAACCUACAGGGUCUGUGGCUGGCUUUUCUUCUGCAGUGCGCCCUUCAGGUUUCACCUUAUCAUAUGUUACGCCCUAUGUUGCCGGCAAGUUUAGGAUAGAGCUCGAGUUGAUUAAACCCUUUGAGGUGUCCACGCCAGUUGAUGAUAUUCUGGUUCAUUCACCAUCAGAGGUUGAUCAUGCAGAGCACCGACAAGCAGUGCUUGGGGUCCUUCGAAAAAGAGAGCUAUAUGCCAAGUUUUCUAAGU